AUGUCGAGCUUGAGCCUCACAGGCAUCCGGACGUUCGCAGCGCACGUGAAUCUCGUGAUGCUGGUAGAAGGAGUCCGGAUCGAGGACGCGAGGAAGCCCUUCCGCGGCCUCUUCCUCGAAGAGCUGAAUCAAGACAUCCUAUUAGACUGCGCGAAGGCCACAGACCUCCGAGGCCUCGGCUGCUUCUGCGCGAGCCGAGCGGCCGAGAAAGAAGGAGUUCUGCACCACCUCCGCGACGAAGAGGUGAAGAUCGCGGGUCUGGCAGGUCGGAGAGGAGCCGCGGAAGGAGGCAGGAACUGCGACAGUCCACCAGGCAUGAUGACCGGCGAAGACGCUCAGAGCAGCGUCGGACAGACACUAGCAGGAGGCGCGGUGAGCGGACCCGAAGCCGCCACCACGGCCGACCGUCUGCAGAUCGGGAUCCCAGACGCGAGGACCGGCGCAGCGAUGUGCGUGGCAGGCACGCUCACGCAGUGCCCAGGCAUUCGUCCAGAACGGGUCCAAGGGAGGUCUUGUCGCUGCGACGAGGAGGCGAAGGAGGGCGUGCAAGCGGCACAAACCAUACCCGUGACGUGGAAAGGAGGAGAUCCUCUGGUGAACAGAACGGGACGAGGUUCCGGGCGCGCAGCAGGUCGCGGCGCCGAGAAAGGGAGAACGGCGCGAAGGCGCAGGACAAGCCCAGCUCGCUUCGGGAGGUCGAGGCCGCGAUCCAUCCGUCCCCUGGCACCAACGGGCUCAGCAGGAAUGCAGGUACCUCUAAUGAUAUUGCCGGCAUCUGGAAGGACCCCCCGACUGAAGAGACCGAGAAGGCUUAUCCCGUCAAAGCGGCUCCGAAGCCUUCCGCUCGACCUUCCAUGCGACCGUCGCUGA